CAUUUUUUUUCAUUUUGGCAAUUCGGAAUUUUCAAACGUCAGAUUUUAUUGUCGCAAAAAUUUUAGUCUUAUUUUCUUAAAAUAUUGUUUGAUCUAAAAACAUAUUAUAAAAAUACAGAAAACUCGAUCCGUAUCAACCACUAAGUGCCAAGCUGUUGGCGUAAAGUUGCAUAAAUGAAUGAUGUCUUUGAGGUCGAAAGCCCUUGCGCUGGUGGAGGUAUUAUUGCGGGUGCCCCCAUUGUUUGUGGUGGAUGAGUUCCUGAAGAUAAGCCUGGGGCUGCCGGUGUCCACUGGCGAGGAAGUGUCGCUGUUGUCCAACGUGACUAUUGACCACGUAGAUAUAACAGACGCAGACGGCAAUUACUAUGACUCCAACUUCUACAACACUUUCGUCUUCACACUCGUUAAAUUCUUCGUAUGUUGUCUGGGAUGUAUGACAGCGCUGUGCAUAUUCGUGCUCUAUACAAAACACCUCAUCAUAGUCUACUUGUAUCUAAUGUCGCUAGGGAUAGUGUUCGUGUCGUAUUGGACAAACGUGUCCGCCAUCAAACAGAUCCAGACUCUGAUACAGACGGCGACCACUCCGCACUCGGCCAGUAUACUGGAGGACAUCCUGGACUUGAAUCUAAAAAGACUGCUCGAUCUCGAAGGUCCCGGUAUACUGGUUAUCCAGAACUUCGCCAUACAGUUCAUACUGUCGGUCCUGUUUAGAAAUGUACAUCUCGGGCCUCGACAUCCGACUAUCCAGAAGCUGUUGCCGUUAAGCUUCAUGGCUCCGUCUUUCCUGGCGAUGCUGCCGGUGUCGCAGAAUGUAUUGCAUCACUCCCCCGUGUUCUCGUCGCUGUUGCCGUUGGUGCUGGUGCAGUACGCGAUAUGGGCGUCCAGCUAUGACGUCAUACAAGUAAUCUACGCCGGCUACCAGCACGGAAGACUGUUCGUCAGUCACAACGGCUUGUCCGCGCUGGUGGAGACGGAAUGGAUGAGGCUGAACGUGCCCUGUGUGUUGAGAGUGUUCUGGGUGAUGCGUGUCGCUGAGCACGCGAUACUGCUGCUCAUGGAGACCUACGAUGACGAGGGUGACGAAGGCCUGAAGGUGUCAACGCUGCUGGCCGUACAGUCGCUCGCCUCCAUGGCCAAGUCCUUGUUAGUGACGGGUUGCGAAACCAUAACGGCCGUCUUGGGCAUGACUUCCGUGAUAUCGUUCUUCUGCCACUACAUCGGUAACUUCUUCCAAUGGAUACUGCUGACGGAGGAGGAGGAGGAUAAGAGUAUAGGCACAGUGUCAGCUAUACUGUUUUACAUACUCGCCCUCCAGACGGGACUGACCUCUUUGAAUCCGGAGAAGAGAUUCAUCCGUUUGUGCCGAAAUUUCUGCUUACUAUUCACGGCUCUGCUGCAUUUCCUGCAUAACAUAGUGAAUCCGAUGCUGAUGUCAUUGAGUGCGGCCCACAAUCCGAGCACACACAGGCACGUGCGAGCGCUGGGCGUGUGCGCUUUUCUCAUAAUCUUCCCGAUAUCGCUACUGGUGUACCUCUGGUCCCAGCACUCCAUCUCCACCUGGCUGCUCGCGGUCAGCGUGUUCAGCAUAGAGGUCAUCGUCAAAGUCAUCGUCAGCCUGAUGAUAUACUCGCUCUUCCUGUUCGACGCCUACAGGAGCACGUUCUGGGAGAAGCUGGACGACUACGUGUACUACAUACGAGCGUUCGGCAACACCAUAGAGUUCUGUUUCGGUAUCUUCCUGUUCUUCAACGGCGCCUGGAUAUUGCUGUUCGAGUCGGGCGGCGCCAUCCGCGCGGUCAUGAUGUGCAUACACGCGUACUUCAACAUCUGGUGCGAGGCGAGGGCCGGCUGGUCGGUGUUCAUGAAGCGGCGCACGGCCGUCAACAAGAUAAACUCGCUGAAGGAGGCCUCCGCGGACCAGCUCCACCGACUGGACGACGUCUGCGCGAUCUGCUACCAGGAGAUGCACUCGGCCAAGAUAACGAGGUGCAACCACUUCUUCCACGGCGUCUGUCUCAGGAAGUGGCUAUACGUCCAGGACAGGUGUCCGCUGUGCCACGACAUCCUGUACAAGAUAGACAACGACCCGAACAAGGACAACGGCUCGGAGGCAGCCAACGAGGAGAACAGCAACAACCAGAACCUGCUGCUCGAAGACGAACCCGACCUCCUGUUGAACGACGUGAGGUGACUGGACAACGGACACGCGCCUUUGAAUCAAGACUAAGCCUCGAUUUAACAGUGUUUAUGUAAUGUGUAGUGAGUUAUUUAUACUAUAUAGGAACCGGUGGGUCGUUGUGAUCAAAAAUAAAGUCCCGCGUCCGUGGCUCCGCUCACAGACGGACGGUCGCGUGUAAGUUAUGUUUGUUACAGUCCGUGCUUAGAUCGUGGCGCCGUCACAGUCCUAUUAAUGUUACUUUAAAUCGCUAGUUUCUAUUCUAAAUAUAUCGAUAAUUUAAACGAAUAAAAAAAAAUAUAUACAUAUACAUAUAUAAAAAAUUGUUGUGAACGACGACGGAAAGCUAUUUGUAAAUAGUCGUUUAGAAAUAGCUUUUAAUAUAUUGUAAAAUAAUUUUUUUUUUUUUUUGGAAAAAAAAAUAUAAAAAUAGUAAUUUCUCUCAGUAAAGUGUAAAUAAAGUUAUUUUAGUGUA